AUGAAGUUCUUGUCAGUGGCUUCACUGGAGCCGAAGGUCUGGGCAGCGCUGCCCAGCCAGGAAGAGACACUCCGGAGCGUGCAACAUGUCGCAUUGCGCUUGCAAGAGUUGAUGCCGCCCAAGGUUGAGGAGGUGACGCUCUUUCGCUAUGAGGACCUAUUUGACUGGACUGUCUUUGGUGUGACGUUUGUGGCUUUGGUCUGUGUGGACAACCUCCUCCUCUUUGGCAAAUACGGCGGCAACAUGAGCUUUCAAAAGGCACUCUGCUAUAGCGUCUUCUGGCUUCUUUGUGCCGGGACUUUCAACGGCUACGUGUACUGGUCGCGUGGCAGAGAAGCAGCCUUUGACUGGGGCACUGGAUACCUCUUAGAAUGGAUGCUUUCCAUUGACAACCUCUUUGUAUUCAGGAGUAUCUUCCUCAUCUUCCACACUCCCAGUUCCCACAAGCACAAGCCGCUCUUCUGGGGCAUUUGUGGUGCCAUCGUCUUUCGCAUGGCCUUCUUCGUAGUUGGUGAGGUCCUGAUGCAUGCCUUUUGGGCCACGCAUUUCAUCCUGGGCUUCUUCCUCAUCUACACUGGUUACAAGAUCCUGGGCAUGGAAGAGGACGAGGAGGACGAGCCCAACCAGAAUCCCAUCUUUCUUUGGGUCACCAGGAAGAUCAAGCUUAUUGACUCGUAUUCGCCCGAGCCGCGUUUCUUUGCUCGUGCAGCCCUGGACGAGCAGACGAAGGAGCCCGUGCUUCCGGAUUGGACACCGCAAAUGUUGCCCAAGGACUGCGAUGUGCACGAGCCCAGCAAGGGCCGUGAUCUGACCUAUGGGACCUAUGCCACCCGUUUGGUCUUGGUGGUUCUGUGCCUGGAGUUGACGGACGUGGCCUUCGCCGUGGACUCGGUCUCGGCCAUCAUCGCUCAGAUCCCAGACCUCUUCUUGGCCUACACUGCGUGUGUCUUUGCCAUGCUAGGUCUUCGCGCGACCUUCUUCGUGGUGGAUGAGCUGGUGAAGCUCUUCACUUUGCUGCCUUACGCUGUCUCGGUGAUUCUGAUGUUCAUCGGCGCCAAGCUGGUGGUUCGAGGUUGGAUCCACAUUCCUGGUGAGGUGGUUUGCAUGACGCUGGUCGGAGUUCUGACCGUCAGCAUCCUUGCAUCCGCGGUCUAUGACCGCUUGAAGCCCCAGGACAAGGCAGAAGGCGAUUGCAAGAAGGAGGUGUCGUCUGCAUCUGGGCCAGUGCCCAUCUCGGAAGACACCGAUGCAUGA